CACUGCGUGAAGGGGUUGGGCUUGACAGGAGGCGUUGCUUCCAUUCAGCAUUAGAAGACAUUUUUGUUGCACUCCCAGCUGUUGGGGUCGUAGUCUGUGGUUGAGCUCAUACAUGGAAGGAUCUCCACUCCGCCACACGUAGGACAAAUGAAUGGAUUUAAUGAGAGAAGCAAAGCCAGUUUUUUUUUUUUAGGUGUGAUUUUGCGCACCCUGCAUCGCAACGGCGGACAGCAGCCACACUUUAGGACAAUUUAGGAUAAAUUGUGUACCACAAACCGUACCAUGCUGGAAUGGCUUGUGGUCCUUUGCGUCGCGGUCCUGGUGACCACAGUAUGGUGCAGUUCCAAAGUUUCUUCCGGCAUAGACAAGCCGACAAAUACACCUCAAAGAGGCGCGAACACUCCGGGGAAAGACUGCACCGAGACUCGCAGCGUGGAGCUCAUCUGUAAACCUUCCGCCCUGGCCAAUUACCUCCUGAAGACCUGCACCACUUUCACCAACUACUCGCCGUGUGUGGGCUGGACGUGGCGGGCCAGCGGCAUCCUCCAGAGCUUGUACGAGGCGUGCUGGUCGUACGGCAGCAAGGUUCAUUUUGUGAGGGACCACCUACAGCUGAGCGAUGAUGGACUGGUUGCCUUGGACUGGGCUUUUCCUCGCUACCAGAAGAGACGCAGGACCUACAGUCACUCCACCAGCCCGGUUCUACUCAUCAUCCCCAAUUCUUUUGGGAAGAUCACCAGGAAUGUGCUGGAGUUGUGUCAAACAGCCCUCUCCCAUGGAUACCUCCCUGCAGUCCUCAACCGCCGCAGCCACAACGGCACGGCUCUCACCACUCUCAAGCUACAGCAGUUUGGAGACCCAGCAGACCUGCGAGAGGUCGUGCGCUACAUCCGUUAUCGGCAGCCUGCCGGCAAGUUGUAUGCAGUGAGCGAAAGCACGGGCUCCGGCCUACUUCUCUCCUACCUGGGGGAGUGUGGUUCCUCCAGCUACUUCACGGCUGCCGUCUGCCUGUCGCCCAUCUUUCGCUGCCAGAGCUGGUUUGAAAACGGACUCUCCUGGCCUCUACAGUGGUCCUUGGUGCUCUAUCAGAAGAUGUGCCUGAGCAGAUACAGGACGGCGCUGAGUGCCACCAUACACACAGACAGCCUCUUUUCUACCACGUCCCUACGCGGCCUGGAGGAAGUUCUCUUUUGUCAAACACAGGUCAGUUGUGGCGGAGCUGCACUAACUGGGCCAAGUGGUAGUACUUCUUCCGGUUCCUGGGAGGCUUACUGGGAAUGCAACGAGCCCUUAAGGGAUGUGGAUGAGGUGGCCAUUCCUGUCCUGAGUAUCUGCGCUCAGGACGACCCAGUACGGGGCGACAUCCAAUCCACGGUACCCCGGGAACUUUUUGAAAGCAACCCACAUUUCUUCCUCCUUCUAACAGACCGAGGCGGUCACUGUGGUUUUUCCACGCGGUGCGAGGGAAGUUCCACAGGGGCAGCUGGCCCAGCAGCAGCAGCAGCAGCAAACUGUGCAACGGCAAGUUGUGGGACCAACUGGAGCCACCAAGCUCUUUUUGAAUUUUUCAGGGCGACCACAGACUUUAUUGCUGCAGAGGAGAGGGCAAAGCAACUUGCUGCCAGGAGGAGGGGUCUUGGGGCUGGCAUGGGGGGGAGAGCUUUUCGGCACCGUAGUAUCAGUACAUGCAAGCAAGUGCCAUCGUGUUCCCAUAAUAUCCACGCCAUUUACAACUGGCAGAGGUCCUAUACACGGUGAGGAAACCAAAUGGUAGUUGAUGGACACUGACACGUUUUGUUAUUAUAAUCCUGGUUAGUCGUGGGACUGCAAUGGUAGUGAAGGUGUGGUGUCAAUUCCCCCUCAUUCCUAUUCCCCAUGUAAUGACUAGCAAGCCGUCGAGGUGGGACUGUGCCUUUUGCCGAGCUAGACUUGAGCUCCCCCGCCACCUUGAGCAGGAUACAGGGGCGUAAUGUGUCAAAAAGGUGCUGCUUUGGCGAAGCGCUCCAUUAUGAAAGUUAACUUUUGUGAGUUCUUACGAAUAACAUCAGCAAAGUCAGCAACAAGAAACUGUGUAACUACGUUCCAUAGUCCACAGUGUAAGGAAACCAGCUAAGUUGGCCCCGCAUCCUGAUGAAAUAAUUACAGCCAUCACGAUCUAUGCCUUUUACACCUCACUUCAAACGGUGUGAAAUCAGAAUGUGUCAUUUGCAACACUGACACUUACCAAAGUCUUUCAUGUUGUUUUUUCAACUGAAUGAAAACGCAUCAGUUAGUAAUUACGACGGGUGCUUCAAUCAAUCAGUGUCGGCCAAUUUCCGUGAAAAACCACACACACGGGAGGCGACGAGCGGCUGCGACCAGCCACACCGGCCAGCCACAUGCAGAGCGAAUUGUUAUCAGUUGAUAUUGAAAACGCGAUUUCACCUUUUUGUCUUUUUUCUGGCUUUGAUUUUGUCCUAAAAAUAGCUCUUCCAAUAACAGGUCUUGAAAAAUGGAGGUCGUCCUAUUUUCAGUGUCGUCAGGUAUUUGGGUCAAGACGGUACUUUCACAAGAAAGUGUUUGUCCGCCAGUCCUCCUCGAUGGUGUGAGUGCUGAGACUAUGUCAAACUGUUGUAUUACGGCCUUAAAAACGUGCUGAUUGAAAGACAUUGUAGCAAACACACGUGAAUACAAUUCAGCUCUAAUUCUGAUUAUUGAGUUUAUUGAGCAACAUGUUUAUGUGUACUCCGUUUGCCCGACGACAGCUGGGAUAGGCUCCAGCGUCCCCCCGCGAGCCUAGUGAGCACAGGCAGCAUAGGAAAUGUAUGAAUGGGCAUUCUACUUCUAUUUGAUUGAAUUCUAGAAAACUGACAGAAUCACAAACGUUAAAAAAAUGUUUUUCCCCCCCCCCCCUUAUUUUCAGUUUGAUUGCACAUGCACCGACGGCUAAGAAACAGCCCCAAUUAUAGCGCAGAGUCCCCACGGCCAUUUCAUGUUGAGAUUGCGUGUCCCAGAGUUUUAUCCACUCAGACAGCUGGAACACAGCAGUGUCCGCACACACAUAGCGUGUAUGCACACGCAGUGUGCUGGCAGACAUAUUGUCAGCUUGCGUUACGACCAUCUUCUCUCACACUCACACAAAUGAGCUGUCAUGCAGGGUCCAUGAACAUGCUACAAAACACCACUAGCGGUAUCCUAGUGUCCUCCCAUAACAAUAAUUAUGUACAAUGACAUGAUUGGUUCAUGACAAAUGCAACUAUUGUUCAAUAGAUUAUCCCGUAUUAUUGGAGGAACACCAUUUAUUUCAUUGGAAAAGCAAAACUAGGCAACUUUUUUAUUAUUCAUAUAAAUACUUGUAGCUAGCUGUUAGCUGUUUUCUUAAAUUUAGGGAUUUCAAAGUAAUAUUUUGCACAUCAUCGUUAUUUUUUUUAAGUGUCCUCUACCACAGUUAAUCUGAACAAAUUUUAAGACGGCAAUGCAUGUACUUUUACUGUGGCCAGCUGAGUGCAAUAUAUUUCUUCAAAUAGUGGCCCUCCCUUCAAUGGAUGCCAUGUUCCAAAAAGCAUCACCCUCAAAUAGACGCCUUCUUUUGAAAAUAACCAAGGAGUAACUGCAAUUAACUCAGUUCACCGAUGCCAUCAUGUGCCCACGUGCGUUAAAGAUGUCAAAGAUGUCCUGUAGAGUCACGGGCAUACAAUCGGGAUGUGGGGAAAAAAACCCCGAUGUGCACUGAUGUGUCGUCCUAACCACCAUGUGAUGGCCCAAGUUGAAAAUCUGUAUCACAGAUAGAGUUGGGAUGUUUUGAUUCUGUCGAAAAAAAAGCCCAUUUUAUUUCAUAUACAUUAGUGUCGAAUAACUGUUGUGUGUCAAAUCAUUGUGCUGUCAGCGGCCAAAUCUUGCACCACUGUGAGUGUAAACACAGCAUGUGUGCAAAGCACUGCGUCCUGUUCCUCAGAAAUUAUAAAUCCCAACCUGUUGGAAAAAUAUCCACAAAAAUCAGAGGUGUUUGGCAAAUACUUCAAUGUGUUGUAAAAACUAUUUAUCAAGACAAUGCAAACCCCAAACUGUGCCGAUUAUUAUGUAGCUGUCUAUUCAUUGGUUGUGUUUGUGUUUACAUCACAUGGUGGUUUCAUCUUGCAGUGGUCUGAGCCAUUGCUGUUUACUUAUCAUUCCGCCAAGGGACUACAUUGUAUUUUAAUGUACUGUCUCGUAAUAAAGUUGGUCAUUUCCACGUUGAAAUUGGGGGUGUAAUAUGUGUGCCUUCACUGCCAUAAACUCCACUUCACUUGUCAUUUAAUAAUAAUAGUAAUAAUUAUUAUUAUUAUUAGUAUUAGUAUUAUUAAUAGUAUUAUUAUUAAUAGUUGAUUGUACACCUGCGAAUUGCGGGAAUCUACUACUACUAAUGGUGAAAAAAAAUGAAAUUAAGAGACGCCCAUGAAAUGAUUUUGGACACACGGCUCGUUCCUCCCCCUCCAAAACCUCCUGCUACUUUGGUGUUGGAGUUCUCCUCUGAUUUUGGAUCAACAUUUCCAAUAAAAGUGACUGUUGUGAUUAUUAAGAUUAGAUUAAGCCCCAGAACCCUCUAUCUCUCUCUUCAAUUGCCAUAGUUCAGUUGCAACAAAGGAACCGGCUAAAUGCGUAGAAGCACAAUCCAGGUUAAAGCCCAGUGGAGGAGUUUAAGUACUUCAGCGUCUUGUUCACACGUGAGGGAAAGAUGGAACGUGAGAUGCAGACUCUGUGAAUUUUCUGUAUUGUUGCACCCCUUGUACAGCCAUAUCUACCGAGGGAUAAACUGAUGGAAAUGUGCCUACCGAUUCACACCGAUGGCCUCUCUGACACCCAAACAUGAAUUCACAUUCAGACACCAGUGUGGACCGCGCAAGGAGGCAAGGUGGCUGAAUUGUCUUUGCCCAAGGACACACCAGUAGCGACAGAUGGAGGAAGCUGGGUUCGUACUGCCAACCCUCCCGUUUCUGGACGACCUGCUCUACACCCGAGCCACUCCUGCCCAUUUUUUUUCACAAUCUAUUUCAGAAGAGCAGUGCUAAAAGUAGCAAAACUGCUUAAAAAAUAUGCAUUAAUGUUGAAUUGAUUGACAUACAAAACAGGGAGCAUGAUGUUUUAUGCACUGUUUUGUUUCUGGCAUCCUUUAAAAUCACAACUGCUUCUUGCGAUACGUGCUGUUUUUCAAGAGCCUCCAGCAAAUGAAGCCAUUUAGAGUGAAUUCCCCUUUUCCCUCUUUGCUUAUUCAAUUAUAACCCCAGCACCCGUUGCUUCAGUGAUCAGCGCCAUGGUCCAAAGUUACUUCACAUGCAGCAGAAUAAUGUGCGUGUUUGUAUGACAUCCAUCUAACUCAAACUACCUUGCCUUAAUUAUACUCAACCACCGUUUGCGUGUCAACAUGAAUGAAGGGUGUGUUUUUGUUUUUGUGUGCCUGAAAUAUCCUGGCAGCAGGUUUUUAUUAUUGUACAUUUCUUUUCAUCUUGACUUAUUAUUUAAUGUCUGUUUAGAAGUUCAACAUCAUCUCAUUUUAGCAACAAAGUCAAAACUUGUCCCCAGACUGUCUGCUGUCUCACUGUAGAAAAAAAAAGACCCGUACUCCCUUAAAAUACAGGGUGUCCCAGAAAAUUUGACAUCAUUUUAAAAGCAAUUAUCUUGAAAACUACUAAGUUUAGCUCAAUGAAAUUCAACAGUUUAGGUGUUGAACAUCUUCAGAUUAUUAUGGGAUUUUAAUAUGUGCACCGACUGUGACACAGCCUCGACCUUCUCUGAUGUUGAUGAUGGUCAACCAGAUCCUUCAGCCCUGCGUAAGCAGCCUUCCUCUUAGGUUUAUGGUACCGAGUCCAAAUUUGUUUGACAGUUGAAGUUUUUCCAUAUUUUGCUUCAAAGACACGCUGCACAGUCGUGAGUGACUGUGCGUGAGAAUGUGCCGCUUAUCCUCAUUAGGGUCGCGGGUAUGCUGGAGCCUAUCCCAGCUGACUUUUGGGCGAGAGGAGGGACCAAUCGCAGGGCGCACAUAGACAAACAACCAUUCACACUCAUAUGGACAAUUUAGAGUCGCCAAUCAACCUAACCUGCAUGUUUUGGGAAUGCGGGAGUACCCGGCGAAAACCCACGCACGCACGGGGAGAACAUGCAAACCCCACACAGAUGCCCAAGGGAGAUUCAAACCCGGAUCUCCUGACUGUGUGGCCCAAAACUAAAACAUUAAAUAUAAAAUCUUGAUCUGUUUCUAUACAUUCAAAUGAUGUCCCGUUUGAACCCUGUAGUUAUCCAAGCAAAUGCAAGAAAUGCUGCAGGGCCUCUGGUGCCUCCUUAGGGGAGGAGUCACAUCUUGAAAAACUGAAAACUGCUUUAAAGUGAAUGCACUGUAAUAAAUAUAAACAUAAAUUAAAAAGAUAUCAACAAGAGAGGAUUUCAUGUUUGGUUUGAGUUAUAAGUAUAACUCUAAGUAUAUACUGAGGUAUUUACAGUACUCUGCACGUGCUAUGUUUUGAAGUCAUCCUUGGCUAUUUUGGGUGUUUAUACGUCAAAUAAAACACCCGAGAUAAUUCGAGGUACUGAAAAAGAGGAAGACACUCAAAGAUUCUGCUGUGCUACCGAGCUAGAUUGGACAUUAGCUGCAUAAUUGUCACAUUGGUCUAGAUUCUGAUGGCGAUAUCUGCAAUAUCUGCAUGCUAAAAUAACCAAAAAACAUUAAAUUCACUUUGAUUUGAGUCAAAAGUUGUGUAUUUUCAAGAGAUGCAAAUUUCAAGCAAAUGCGCAGUGUUCUAAUCACAUGAUUACAUUUGUGGGUCUGCAUCCCUCUGACUUGCUGUUGAAAUCAUUCUUUUAUCACAAUCACUUGUCCAAACAGCCAAGCCUGUCAUCUGAUGUUGCCAUGGAGACCACGUCCGCUUCAGAAGUGUCCAGCAGAUGGCAGCAUUGACAAGGUUUCUUCCCUGGAAUGUUCCAUGCGUCAACUUAUCAGGCGUCACUCUGACUGACACGAUGACGCAGCUAACUCUGCUUUUGGCUUGGAAACUGUCUGUAUAUUUGGCACCCGGGUUAAUUUUAGUGCUCAAUGCAUGGCAGAAUAAAUUUAGAUACCUGCUGAGUCAAACUGGAGCAAGCAAACAUCGGCUGUAACAUUGAGCAGGCAGGAGGGUGUGGAUUUUUGAAGGCCUUGAGGUAAAAAAAAAAAGAAUCACUUAAUCUGCUGCAAAAUAUUUCCUUUCUUCUCCUGAAUGCUUAAUCUAACACAAGUAAAGCAAACUGUUAUACUCAUCCAUGACCAAAAAAAAACACUUAAACUGCCUAUUGCCAACUAAUUUGUUAAAGGGCACCUAUUAUACUAAUUUUCGGGCCUUUGUAUUGAGUUCUUGACUCCUAUAGAGCAGCUACACACGAUAACGCACACACAAACUCUUCCUGCAGUGUUUUCUGCCUCCCACCCAAACGGUCUGUACAAUUUACGCCACCCCCGGCCCUCCUCCAGGUACGCCUCCCGCGGAGCCCACGCCGCUGUGAUUGGUCACACUCCGAAGCGCUUCCGAGGACUUCCGGACAGCUGCCGAACCCCUUUUGUCCGAUUACUUACACAAAAUAAACAGAAUUAGGACACUGAUACAUUGUUACUUACAGCUUGCUCUUCUGACUCUUCAACGCGACCAAGUAACGUUUGAAAUGCGUCGGACUUCAGCGACAGUUUGGCGGAUAGCCCAGCUUCGUGUUGGCCCAUAUUCACAAAACCCUCUCGUGUGAAGUGCCGUUGACAGAUGAGAAUAUUUUUCUCUUGCUGGCAGGGAAUGAGCAACUCCAACCACUUCUGCCUGAUGCUUGCCACUUUAGGCUACACCAACAAACAUUUCCUGGCAGCCAUUGCUUGAGGUGCUAACACCGCAAACAGAGCGAAGCGGAGCGGGGGUGCUGGGCAUGCCCAUAUAAGGAAGUCCAGGUUGCAUUGACGUCAAACGAACUGAAUAUUUUUUUAAAAUUCUGUAAAACACAGCAUGCAGAGCCGUCCAAAACUGCUUUUAGGGCUCACUUCCAAAUGCUCAAACCUCAUUAUCUGACGCGCUGGCAUCGUUAACAUGAGAAUACAACGUUGUAACAACAUUUAUAGGUCAGAAAAGAGGAAAAGCAUAAUAAGUCCCAUUUAACCGUGGGAACAAUAACAAAAUAGACACUCUCAGUUAAGGAAACAAAAUCCACCAGGCUAAGACACACAAACACCAACUUGAUCGCCGGUCAACAGGCUUUUAUUACAGGUAUGAACGAUCUCACAACAGGCACAAUAAUCCCUAAUAAAAAUUCCUCCUCAAAACCCACGCCAAGCUAAAACUCAUCUCCCAAUCCGCCGACAUCACUUCCUGUACGCCCACCACUCAGCUCCCCUAGCGAACACAUUUAUAGCAACACACACGAGCACGAGUCUUGUGGCUGGUUUAGUCUUAUUAUGUUUAAUAUAUUGGGCGAUACGAGUGGAAAGGUGACUACAGGGGUGUUAUUUCAUGUCUACACGGCUCUAAUAAUGUUAAAAACUAUAUUUAGAAGAUGGUAAACAGGUUUUCCAUACUCUAACUACGAAAAUAUUCCAUUUAUAAAUAAGGAAUCCUACUUCGCGGAAAUUCACUUAUCACGGACGGGUCUGGAACCAAUUAACCAUGACAAACAAGGGAUUACUGUACACGCCUCUGUUGUGUAUACAGCAACAAUAAGUAUAGUUGGAUCGUUUAUUUACAUAAGAAACAUACAGCAAAGAAGAAGAGGUGUGAAUCGAAAACAGGCCAUAAUUGGAGAGUGUGUUAUUUACACAAUUUGAAAACUCAUAUAAAACAGCUUACUUUUUUAAGUUUAAUGACGAUUUGGAGUGCAUAAAAAACGGAAGGGAAGUUCUAGCUGUCUUUGACCACAUUAUCAUUUAUUAACCUGUGUAUUUCACAACAUGACUGCAACAGAACCAAUGUUGUAAUAGCGAUAAGGAGCAUAUUACUCAGCCAGCAUUAAUACCACUGAUGAGUUCAUUUUAAACAACAGCACGGCGAGUGUCACACACAUGUGUUUCACACCAACAGCUGAGCAGCACAGCCAACAUUUUUAAAGUGCAAGCAGAGGCAGAUAAAGCUGCUGGAUGCUGAUCAUGCUACUUCAAAUGCAGCCACUGCCAUCUUGUGGAGUUAAUAACAAGUAACAUCGGGAGGUUUCCUAGAGCCACAGACGUUAAUGCCAAAGUUUUUUCUAAUUAGUGACUUUUGUAGACUGUUAAAGGAGAUAUGUUUACUUAGGGUAAGUAAUGAAAGAAGAAGAAGAGCGGUAUGUGCACAAAUAAAUUAGAGGUCAACCACAUCCAGAUUCGUUUUGGCCUCUGCGGUUCCACUGGAUUGGACAAAAGUUCAAUAGAAAAUGCUUGAGCCCGUUUUCAUCACAUUAAGGAGCUCCACUGGACCAGUUUCCUGUCAUGUACAUGCAGAGUGACGCAUGUAUUGUAAACUCAAGCUGCAGGUAUUUGUGCUAGCCUGCAGCGCAUUUCUCAACUGUCAUAUUACAUCCAAGGUGUGGCCAUCCACUAAACUCAGUGUGUCCAUCACCUUGGUGCACUAUUUUCUGCCUUGUUGGUGCUGUGAGGAACAUGAGAGUGGACAAUGGGGGAACACGUCGCCUUGAUAUAGCUGUUAUAUAACUGUUCAGGCUAAGCACUAUCUCUGUGCGCAUGCAUGACUCUGAAUAUUUGUUUUGUAGGUUUUCACACGUUGCGUGUGUAUGCAUGUCUUGAUGACAUGAGGUUGCUCGCAGGUAACCACCUCUGCUUCGGGCUACACGACAGACAGCUGAAGCUAGAAGAUCUGAUGGAACGCAACAGACUAAGUAUCCGUGCACGAAGCAUAUUUGUUGACAACAAGGCAGGAGUUUGAUUGUAUUUUAUUUCAUCAGACUUUCAAAUAAGAAAGAAAUAUGUAUGUUUUAUUCAUGCUGUGAUAACUAAUAUAAUAAUUGAUGAUAGCAAGUAUGUUGGGAUUUAGUGUCAGAGUCAGAAUUCAUGCCUAAAUUAAGACCUAGUCUAAGUCACUCAAACACUACACAGAACACAUGAAGGACAUUCAAAAUAUAGUAAUCAGAAAGAUGAAAUACAGAACUCCUUACUUUUAUCCCUGUGUUUGUCUUGUACAAUGGAAAGGGCGUUGCAAGGGAAGGAGAGACAGGCUGCUUAGUUAUCACUGUCCAUUUCAUAGCAGCAGAUCCUUUCACAUGUUCAGUUAUCUUGUUGAUGAUGGUGGUGGCAUUUGGGCCACCUGGACAAGGCAUGUAGCCCAUGUUGAUGUCUCCAUUUCUCUGCUGAGCGUUUUACGAUGCCUAAUUUCACUUUCCUUUUUAGAUUACAUUAGAUUAGAUUAUUUUAUUUGUGGGGGACAAUGCAAUUUCAUAAAACACAUGAGCUAAUACAUGAGUUAAAAAAUGUUUUCAUCUGUAGUCCCCUGGCAGUAAAAUUCAGUACAAUCAGACAAAACAAUUAAAUAAACGCAAAAUACAUGCAGAUUAGAACAGUAAGGACAUCAGAGAAAUGUUAAAAAGAUCAUAUAGAAAAAUAAAAGUACAACAAUAAAACAAGUGAUAAAAGAAAUACAGGACAAAACCAAAAAAAAAUAUAACACAUCUGGUGCAGAUAUUUAAUGCUGACAAGUGUAGGUAUUGACGAGCCAUUGUUUUAAAUGUUUAGUGAAAGCUUAAAGUGUUCUUAAUCGUUUAUUGUCUUCUGGUAUUGAGUUCCACUCUCUGGCACAUCUCACAUACCAGGCUGACUGACUAAAUGUGCUUUUACGCAAAGGAACAACACAGUCCCCUGUCACAGAUCCUCUUGUUACAUGCACACUAGCAUGUCUUUGGUUGGUAAAAUCUGCAAGAGGACCUGGAGCGACACUAUGUAUUACUUUAUACAUCAAGCAUAAAUCUGCAAAUUUAUAAAAGUUUGUCCACUUUAAGAAUGCAUACUUUUUUUGAAUUGUGCAAUGAUGUUAAUGUCUUGUUUUUUUUCCCGUGACUUUUAUGGCUUUUAUACAGUAUUUCAAGUGGUCUUGACUUGCCUGGGACCAGCUUGUUAUACUGUAGUUGAGUUGGCUAGAAAUCCUUGAAUGUAAGAUGAUUUUUGCUGCCU